UGACUCAUCUUCCAUGAAGCAACCCCCGUUCACGGCGGCUCUGCUCACUCUUCUUCUUCCUUGCCUCCUUCCUCCCUCCUCAGCCUCGCCUCCGUCGCCAAACUGAACUGAGCAAGACUCCCCAACACAAUCUCUCUUUCACUCUCUCUCUCUCGGCUACUCCGACAUGGACUCCAGCCUCCAAGCAGUCGUCGCCGCCGCCGCCAGCUUCGUCGGCGUCUCCCUCUUCUUCGUCUUCCUCGCCUUCACCUGCAACCGCCGCCGCAAGCGCAACCUUGGCCGCGAGGUCCGGGUCCAGACCCGGUCGAUCUCGAACCCGGAGGAGGAGCUCUCGUCCAUCGCCGUCGACGAGAGCGCCUCCUUCGACCCCAAGCUCCGGAUCUCCAUGGACGAGCUCCGGAAGGCCACCAAGAACUUCCACCCCCGGCAGAUCGUCGGCGACGGCGGCUUCGGCCUCGUCUUCAAGGCCCGCCUCACCAACGGCCGCACCGUCGCCGUCAAGAAGCUCGAGCCCGACGCCUUCCAGGGGUUCCGCGAGUUCCGGGCCGAGAUGGAAACAUUAGGUAAUCUUCAGCACCCGAACAUCGUCACAAUCCUGGGCUACUGUACGUCGAAUUCGGAUAGAGUUUUGGUCUACGAGUUCAUUGAGAGAGGGAGCCUGGACCAGUGGCUGUACGACACGACGGCGUCGCCGGAGAACGGCGACAGCUCGGGGUCGAAGAGGUUGCCCCUGUCGUGGGACACUAGGAUGAAGAUAAUCAAGGGCGUGGCCAGUGGAUUAGCGUAUAUGCACGGACUGCCGACGCCGAUCAUUCACAGAGACAUCAAGGCCAGCAAUGUGCUAUUGGACGCUGAAUUCGAGGCGCACAUCGCUGAUUUUGGGCUGGCGAGGAUGAUCGAGGCCUCGCAAUCCCACGUGUCCACGCAAUUCGCCGGGACCAUGGGGUAUAUGCCGCCGGAGUACAAGGAAGGGUUCACGGCCGCGACCGUGAAGGCCGAUGUGUAUAGCUUCGGAAUUCUGAUGCUCGAGAUCGCGACGGGUCGGAGGCCCAAUUUGCCGGUGAUGGAUAGGGGAAAGGAGGUCGGGCUGGUUGUUUGGGCUCAGAACAUGGUGGCCGAGAAUCGGCAGAUGGAGAUGGUCGAUCCCGCCGUUUCCAGGGACGGCCUGGUCAAAGCCGGUGUGGAGGCGUGCUUCAACAUUGCGUGUAUGUGCACUAGCGAGCUUUCGAAGGAAAGGCCAGGUAUGAGCCGAGUUCUCGAGUUGUUGAAUUCUUCAUUCGGAUGAAAAAUGGCGGAAUUCAUCGAAGGUAUGAUUUCUGCGCCAAAGUUAAACAACCCAGAAAGAGAAGGAAACAAGGUUAAGUUUGUUAGCCAGUAGUCUAGUUCUGGUGGCAAUUAGAGGGUACUCUGUUUGUUGCCUCAAUGAGAAAAUGUGAAUAGCUUUGUAGAGUUGAUUGAGGUCUGAAGCAGGUAAAUGACCUGCAGAUGCAGCUUCUGUAAUUGUUAUAUCGACUAUAUGAGAAUGUAUCUAAAUAGAUUUCGUGGC